AUGGUGGUGACUGCAGCAAUGACAGUUGCUCCAGCUGCCCUCUUGGCUGCAGUGUUUGUAGUCAUGUUCUGUGAAGCUAAGGAAAAACACAAUCAACAUUCUGAAUUUACUAUUGAAGAUUUGGUAUGCAGUGUAUCUGAUUUGUUUGGAGCUGGGACAGAGACAACAAGCACCACCGUGAGAUAUGGACUCCUGCUCCUACUGAAGUACCCGGAGGUCACAGCUAAAGUCCAGGAAGAGAUUGGCCAUGUGGUUGGCAGACACCGGAGUCCCUGCAUGCAGGACAGGAGCUGCAUGCCCUACACAGAUGCCGUGGUGCAUGAGAUCCAGAGAUACAUUAACCUCCUUCCCACCAACCUGCCCCAUGCAGUGACAUGUGAGGUUAAAUUCAGAAACUACCUCAUCCCUAAGGGCACAACCGUAUUUACAUCACUGACAUCUGUGCUGCAUGAUGAGAAAGAAUUCCCCAACCCAAAGGUGUUUGACCCUGGCCACUUUCUGGAUGAGAGUGGAAACUUUAAGAAAAGUGACUACUUUAUGCCUUUCUCAGCAGGGAUCAUUGAGAUUACAUUGGGCCCACUUGGAUGA